AUGGGACGCUUUCCGGCGGCGGCUCCGAUUAGGGUGGUGCUCUUCGACGCCUUUGAUACGCUCGUCACACCGCGCGCUGCUCCUCAUCUCCAGUAUGCCGCCGUGGCGCGCGAGCACGGCCUCGACGUGGCGGACAGCGAUGUAAAGGCUGCGUUCAAGCAGGCUUUUCGCAUCACUGCCACCGAGCACCCCAACUACGGCCUGGAGACCGACAUCGCAUCGCCCGACCAUUGGUGGGCGCUCGUGAUCCAGCGCACCUUCAUCCCCCACCUCCACCCUGCCGUGUCGGAGGAGCAGUACGCGGCGACGAUCGAUUCGCUCUCCCACCGUCUCGUCACCCGCUUCGGCACCUCGCAGGCUUACCGCCUUUUCGAGGAUGUCGUUCCCACGCUGGAUCGCUUAGCUCGGAUGCGGGCCCGCGACGACCGGCCCGUCACGCUCAUGUUGGCGACCAACAGCGACUCUCGCAUCCUUGGCGUGCUCAAGAGCUUUGGUCUCGACCGCUUUCUGCACUUGGAUGUCGACGGAUCCGCAUCUGCUGUGCAAUCCUCUGCUGGCCCUGUGCUGUCGUACUUUGAAAAGUGCGCCAAGCCCGAUUCGCGUUUCUUCCAGGCUGCCCUGCAGCGAGCUGCAACCCACCUGGGCGAGUCGGUUCCGCCCACCAACGCGCUCUACGUUGGCGACCAGCUCCAUGAGGAUUUCUGGGGUGCCACAACGGCAGGACUCCAAGCAGCCUGGCUGCAACGAUCCACGGGUGCCGAAAGCAACCAGCCCCACCAGCAAGUGGACCGCGCCAGAGACGACCCACACGACCUCGAACAUGCGCAUCAAAGAACCAUCACCAGCCUUGCUGAUGUGGUCGACCUUGUCGAGAGCUCCCACACGGCCACAUAG